GUGACCACUUUUCAGUUGCCUCCCAGACGUGCGCUCUCGCUGUCGUGUGUUCUCGAUCGCGAGAAAUCGAAAUCCCAGUCGUAAUCGAAUUUAGUUAUAGCACUUAACACUCUGCAUGCCCGCGGGGGGAGCUAUGGUGAAACUCUCGAUCUCGACCGGAAAAACCCAGCGCGCGUCGCUAUAAUCUCAAGAUCGGUGGCAGAUGGUUUCAGGUCCAUAAAAGCGCAGGCAUCUCGCGCUUCUCGUAUCACUCAAAGCCCGCGCACAGAGCCGAAAAGUUCUUACUUAUACUGCGAUUGCCCAGCCAGCGCUAUAAUCCAAAUCCAAAUCCAAAUCCAAAUCAGUUAUAAUCAAUAUCAAUAUCGCGGCAUUUCAACAGAGACCCCGAUCCGAUUCGAAAACAGUUCCAGCAAAGCGGCGAGAGCGAAACUAAAGUGAAAAGCAAAGCGACUAAUUGAAGUGUCUGCCUGUGUCUCGCAAACGUGCAAAGGAAACAAAAACAAAACGGAAUAGCCAACAUAUCACACACAAAGCCGCCGCACAAAAUAUAUUUAUAAAUAAAUACGGCAACAGUAACAAUACUGCUAACAGCUACCGAUACAAAAGCCCGGCAUUAACAUUAAGUCUUGCCAGUUUGUUUAUUUUUUAUUCACGCCAAGCGAUAACAAAGUUGUAGAAAUAAGAAAAUUGGUAUAAGCCGCCACCGAUCCGCCAAUCACCUGCUAUAUAUUUUACUAUCACCGAACCCCGACGCAGACGUACGCCGUCCACAGAAUCUAUAUAGUUAAAUAGUUGAAAACCCAAUCGAAUAAACCGAGAUCGUUCAUGAUGACGCCCAUGUGGACAUCGCUGUUCAAAGUCCUGCUGCCACUGCUACUUGCGGUUGCCAUGAUAGUUUAUAUCAGUGUUCAAUUAACGAAGCGACCCGAGGCCGAGGUGGGAGCAGAGGGCAUGAGAAAUUCGGGACGCGGAGAGCCACCAACUACUACUUACUUACAGUACGAGGCCAAGGAUUAUGAUGCUGUGAUCAAAUCGCUUUUCAUAACUCAAAAUAUUACCAAUGAUAAGGGAGUUGUACUCUUUAAUACGGCCGCGGACAGUGCACCCUUCAUGCCCAUACCCAUCCAGCGCGACGAUCCGCCCCAGAAACAGAAUCUGAAGCAUAAUCUGAAACAGAAUCUGAAUCAAUCCCCGAUCCCUGAAACGAACCACCAUUACCAUCAGUAUCAGAGCCUGAUCCAACCAGAUCAGUACUUCAAAGUGCAGCGCUCCCCGAAUGGCAAGCUGAAUCUGGUCUUUAACGAUACGUUCGUAUCUUUGCAGAGGACGGAAGCGGAGAUGCAAUCCGAUCAGACGAGUCCCCCCCGACAUCAUUCGAACUCCUUUGUCUUCCCCGAUUCCCCCCUAGUCAACCAACACACUUCGCAAGCCCCACCACCUCAUUCCCAGAAUGACACCAAGGAUCAAAAUCCCUGCUCCAAGGGUAACAUGCACAAGCACAAGACCUUCUGCACGGAAGUGGAUGACUACCCGGACAUUUCGAGCCUCACACAGAAGUUGAAAACCAAUUUCUCCAAGUUCUUUGGCAACGAUUUUCAGCCCACGGAUGUGGGCUCUCGCUUUGGUGACGCAGACGAGCGAUUCCUCUGCAGGAGCAUAAGGAGGACUAUACAACCGAAAAAGGGCAUCAAGGCGGACAAUACCUGGGAGUACAUUAUCAAUACCGAUGAGUUCAAACAGUCCAUCCAGAUCGAGGAAUGCGAAGGAGAGAACCAAGCCUGUGACUUUGCCGCCAACUUUCCGCAAAACUACAAUCCCGUUUGCAAGCAGCACUACACACAGCAGACCCUGGCCAGCCUCAAGAGCGAUGGCAAACUGGACGUGGUGCUGGAGGCCUUCAUGAUCCCAUCCUGUUGCAAGUGCGCCUUGAAGGCUGUGUGACUCUGCAGAAUGGGGAUGGGAUUCUCCAGUCGAUGGCUGCGACAAUGUGAUAUUGAGCAUGAAGUUUCACCCACCACAGAAUGGCAGGCCAAACUGAUCAGGGGUCGUUGAUUUAUUCCAUAAUCUGCAGAAUCCACACAUAGACUAAUGUGCAUAUUAAUUUAGAGCUUUAAGUCGAGUCACUGUAACCAUAUUCGUGUCAUAUAUUCAUUUUUGGCUUCCUCGUCUAAUGCCUAAGCUAGAAAUGCAAGUAAUUAGUCAUAGAAUAGCAAGACAAAACAAAUAAAAAAACAAAAAACACAACACAAAAAAAACAAACAUAGAAAUAACGAUUUGAAAAAUGUAUGUUAAAAAAGAUAAUGUAUAAUAAAUGUAUGCAAGUACAUGCCAGCAAA